AUGCUCACUGAGGAGAAUCCCGAAGCAUUCGCUUCACCGGAGCAGAAACCCGAAGAUAACAUCAAGAACAAGAAACCCAAAAAGAAGAAGAAAAACACCGAAAACUCGGCUCAACCUCAGGUAUGCUCCGAACCCUCAGUAGUAAUUGCACCGAAUCAAGAAAUCAAAUCAAAUGAAGAAUCUUCAUUGCCUAAGAAAAAGAAGCCGCGUAAGAAAAAAAGCGUGAUCAAUGCUGAAGUAGGACAACCAAAUAGGGAAGAAUCAAAACCCUCAUUAGACCUGGAAAUUAAAAAAGAAGCCGAACCAGUUGAAAUAUCUGUAGAAGGUGCAGAAACUGUAACAGUUAAGAGAAAACGAAAAAGUCAAAUAGGAAAAUUGGAUGAGGUGGUGGUUGUGGAGAAUGCACUCAAGCAAGAUCAUGAUCAGGAGCAAUUGAACACAGCAGUAGGCACAGACGAGAAGACGGAUAAGAAACAUAAGAGGAAGAGGACCAAGAGUAAGUUAGAUGGGGUGCAAUCCAAUGAGCCAGGUGAAACUGUGGUUCGGACAGCUAUAAUAGACAGAGAAAUACCUCCGGCAGACCCGACUAUCCCAGGGGAUCCUCGUCCUGUAAAUUUAUCAGAGCUGGAAAAUGAGUACUUGGAUAGAAAAUGGAUGAAGAGGAAAAGAAAGUGUGAACUCAAAAGUAGAGAGGAAGAAAAAACCAAGGCACACAAUGGCAAGGCAAUUGAAAUCCAAGUUCAGAGACCUGUUGACCCUAUAACAGAACCCUCAACUGAUCCAGCAAUUAUAAUGGACCCUCACCCUGCAACCCCAGUAGACACAGAGCAGAAGAUUUCAAAGAAACGUAAGAAGAAGAAAAGGAAGUGUGAAAGUGAAAUUUCAGCUCAGAAAUCGGUAAUCUCUACAACAGUGCCAUCCAUGGACCAAGCGAUCCCAAUAGACUCUGCUUGCCAUACAGCUGCACCCCCUAUAGACGCGUCAAUUCCAGAACAGAAGACCUCAAAGAAAAAGAGGAAAAGGAAAGGUGGCCUCAAAAGUAAAGGGUUGGAAUCUGAUAGACACAAUGCUGGUUCAACUGCUGAAACCUCGGUUCGGGGAACUAAAAGAGUCAAAGUCACUAAUGCUCCCCAUUAUCAACAUGGUAUAAGUUCUAUGAUAUGUUGGGCAUGCCGGGAAACCAAUCACACAAUUCAACAAUGCCAAAAGCUUAAACACCUCUCCAAGGAUGAGGAGAUUUGUUUCUUCUGUGGGGAAAUUGGGCACUCACUUGGAAAAUGCUCAGUGUAUAAAGCAGGUGGCGGAAGGCUUGCCAGGUGCUUAUUUUGUGAUGCACAUGGGCACUUCAGUUACAAUUGCCCUGGAAAUGGUCAUGAUCCAAAGGUGCAGUGGCCGGUAGAAGCCGAAGGAAAAUCCAGUGCUGAAGUUACAACUGUGAGAGAAGGGAUGAAGUUGUCUGUUUAA